AAUGCUAUCUUGCUUAGCAUUAGCUAGCAUGGCUUCAAACAUGAGAGGCAAGCUAAGGCUAAUGUGCUUUACAGGCUAAUUUAUAAUCCGGUGCUUAGACAUUUAUAAGCCCCAACAUCUUAAUGUUCUGUAUUUAUAGUUGCUCAUUUGUAACAUAUUUUAUUUUCAAUUUGGAGUGAUAAGUUUAAUGCAUCAGCUCGCACAGAACUGCAAACGUUAAAGGCCAACUAGCUUCUUGUUAGCAUUUGAUCAGACAACAGCGAUGAGGUUCAGUCUGCUGCUGCUGCUCGGAGCACAGAGGAACAAUUUACUGUUCCCCUUGAUCUGCUCCGCGCUUCUGUUUCUGCAUCCUUCAGAACCGUGUGCUGCCGAGCGGCCCGAGUCCGGCACCAGCCCCGACACUCUGAUUCUAUGUCGGGCAUGUGGACAUGAGGUGGCGCGCGGCACGGACAUCCACUUCGUCCCCAGCCGCUUGGCGCUUUCUAGCCGCAACGACACUUCUGUAGGCGGUAGGAGGAUUCACGUCCAGCUCUUCGAGAACCCCCAUGGAUAUCAGUUCGAGGUUAUCACGUUCAGAAGAGCGGACGUCAUGAAGCACUGGCCCGCAGACAGACACUUCUCCUGGUACCCAGGGUAUUCCUGGACCAUGGCUACCUGUCCCAGGUGCAAAACUCAUUUAGGUUGGGCCUUCCAGCCAAGCAGCUGGCCAGAUACCAUCACAAACAGCAAAUUUGAGGAAUCAGAAAGUACAUUCUUGGCUUUAAUCACCAACAGAAUUCUGAGGGAAGACUUCGCUUCAAGUCUGCUUAUGACUCCAAAGUCAUUUACAAGCUGAUGAACUUAAAUGUAGUUUUUUUGCCUUUCAAAUAGACUUCCCAAAAAAAAAAAAAACAACUGUCCCUUUUUUGAAGACUCCCACACAUGCAUAUACAGUUUAGUUUUAUUAUUGUAACAAAGCAAGUUUUACACCUUAAACUUGAAACAAGUGUAAACAUCAGGGAAACAUUUCUGUUAAAGAAACAGCAGAGGGGAACAAAAUUUACCAGUUUUUUUUUUUCAGUUUUAUUCUUUAUUAAAAAUGUCAUUUCAAAUCUUGUGGAUAUCUGUAAAACAAUACAAUGAAAAAAAAAAAAGUU